AAAGGUAAAGGAACUGAGAGACUUCAGUUAUUUUUUCUUAUGUAUAAAAUAAACACUUCAAGAACAAAUUUUUUGGAAGGUAAUCAGAAUUUACUAGUCUUACUUCUGUUUACUUUUGUUCAAAUCUCUUAGCCUUCAAAGGGAGGAUCCAACAAAAGUACAAAAUUCCGAUUUUUCUAAAUCUUUCGUGACACAAGCUCAAUCAGGAGACAUGGAGUAUCAGAAAGAAGUACAAAAUUCCGAUUUUUCCACUUCCAUGUUUAGCAACUUAAAACAAGAAGAAGUAGCUAUAGUCAUGGUUCCAUUUCCAGGUCAAGGCCAUCUUAAUCAACUUCUUCAACUUGCCUGUUUAAUCUCCUCAACAUAUGAUCUUCCAGUCUAUUAUGUUGGCGCAGCUACACAUAAUCUUCAAGCUCGGGUUCGAGCCAACGCCUUAGAUCCUUCAGACAUAGCCAAAAUCCAUUUCCAUGACAUCCCAACUCCUGAAUUUGCCUCACCACCACCUGACUUUAAUGCCUUGAGCAAAUUCCCGUCACAUCUCGAGCCAUCAUGGGAUGCUUGUAUGCUUCUUCGCGAGCCCAUUGGUUCCUUCUUACGCGAUAUUUCCUCAAAAUCAAGAAGAGUCGUUGUCGUUCAUGAUUCUUUAAUGUCCUAUAACGUUCAGGAUGUUUCUUCCUUGCACAACGCGGAGUCCUAUAUAUUUAAUUGCAUUUCAGUGUUCACUUUGUACUGUUUGAUAUGCUUUUCUGUGGGAAUACCUGUCCAACUUGAAGAGGAAUUGCUUAAAAAGUUACCUUCCCUUGAAGGAAUUAUGACAGAUAAAAUCAGGGAUCGUGGAGCUUCUCAGAGUCCAUAUGUGGAUGUUAGAUCCGGUUAUAUCCAUAAUACAAGCAAAGUAAUUGAAGGCAAGUUUCUUGAUUUGUUGGCACAAGUAGGAGGUACACAGAACAAGAAACAAUGGGCAAUUGGACCAAUUUUGCCUACUAAACUAAAUCAUGUCUCGAAUAGGAACGAUAUAUGUUUGGACUGGCUUAACAAACAACCUCCAAGAUCAGUUCUUUAUGUAUCGUUUGGAACAACAACUUCUUUUUCCUAUAGGGAAAUCAAGGAGCUCGCGAUGGGGUUAGAGCAGAGCAAACAGAGGUUUAUAUGGGUGUUGAGAGAUGCUGAUAGAGGAGAUAUCUUUACUGGGGAAGCUAGAAAAGUUGAGUUGCCAGACGGGUUUGAGGAAAGAGUAAAAGGGGUUGGGUUAGUGGUCAGAGAUUGGGCGCCACAACCAGAAAUCUUGUCUCAUUCGUCUACAGGCGGGUUCAUGAGUCAUUGCGGAUGGAAUUCUUGCAUAGAGAGCAUUACAAUGGGGGUACCUAUGGCUGCUUGGCCUAUGCACUCUGAUCAACCAAAAAAUGGUUUCUUGGUGACGGAAAUGUUGAAAAUAGGCCUGAUUGUGAGGGAGUGGGAGAAACGCGAUUUGCUGGUGAGUGCAUCCACCAUUGAGAAUGUCGUGAGGAAGUUGAUGGCAACAGAAGAAGGUGAUGUGAUUAGGAAAAGAGCAAAAGAAUUGGGAGAAGCCAUUUGCCUGAAAUGCCAAAUACUGAAUGCUACUCCUCGUUUGCCCGGAACUGAACAUUAUGAGGACAUUCCAUCAAUCAAAGAUUGUUUUUCCUUUGAGUUUUGGGAAUAUAUGAAGAAAGAAGUUGUGCCCUUUUUUGGGAAAAUUAGCUCUGGUGAACUUUUCAAUUCAUCCAGAGUGAUUGAAAGUUUGCAUCUUGAUUUAAUGGCUAAAGAAUUCAAUGACACGAAACUAUGGGCUAUUGGUCCAUUCAAUCCCCUGGUGCUAACGGAGACUGAAAAAGGCUCCAACAAGCACCACGAGUCCCUGGAUUGGCUUGACAAACAAGAACCACGCUCGGUUAUUUUCGUGUCAUUUGGAACGACUAUUUCGUUGUGUGAUGAAGAAAUUGAAGAGAUUGCACUUGGACUAGAGAAAAGCCAGCAAAAGUUCAUUUGGGUACUCAGAGAUGUUGACAAAGGAAAUGUUUUUGCAAGUGAAGUUAAGAAAAUCCAUCUGCCUGAAGGAUAUGAAGAGAGAAUAAAAGGUGGAGGGAUUAUAGUAAGAGAUUGGGCACCACAGUUGGAAAUUUUAGCACAUAGUUCAACGGGCGGUUUUAUGAGUCAUUGCGGAUGGAAUUCGUGCAUGGAGAGUAUGUCCUUUGGAGUUCCUAUAGCAGCUUGGCCCAUGCAUUCAGAUCAGCCAAGGAAUGCUCAACUUGUAACAAAGUAUCUGAAAAUUGGACUAACUGUUAGGCCAUGGGCGCGUCGUGAUGAAGGUGUUACAUCAGAAAUGGUUGAAAAUGCUGUGAGAACUUUGAUGGCUUCACCAGAGGGAGCUGAGAUGAGGAAAAGAGCAGCAGAUUUGAGAUAUGCUACCAAGAAAUCAGUGAUGGAAGGGGGUAUAAACCGCGCUGAGAUGGAUUCUUUCAUUGCUCACAUUACUCGUUGAAGUCAGAUGUAUUGGUAACAAUUGGAAUAACUUUCAGCUGUUGCUGAUGAAAUUUAUUCCAAAUGAAAGUUAGGAUCUUGCUCCAAUACGCGCUGGGAUAGUUUUUUUUUGUGCUGAGAGGAGCAAGAUCCUAACUUUCAACUGUUGCUGAUGAAAUUUAUUCCAAAUUAAUUUAACGUGUAUUAUUUAAAGGUAAAAAUAGCUAGACUUGCUGGAUAUAUCUAUUUCCGCAUGAUGCAAAUAUGUGCUAAACUUGCUAAUUGCAUUGGAUAACUUCAAAUUUCACUAACCAUUAAAGUCAA